AUGGACUUCUCAGUGAACAUUGUGAUCUGCUUGGUCUUCUGCUGUUUCUGGGAUACAGAAAGCCGGGAAUCAAAUGAAGUCCUAUCAGUGAUAAAUGGAGGAGCGGAGGGCAUUUGGGGGGAAACACAAUUCUGUACUUCAGGACAUGCCAAUGGAUUUGCAAUUAAGGUACAGAAACCGCAAGGUAUACUAAAGGAUGAUACAUCUCUGAAUGGCAUCCGUCUUUACUGUACAUCYGGAGAAACAAUUGAGUCUUCAGUUGGAUCGAAAGGCGAGUGGUCAAAGAGUAAAAAUUGUUCCAAAGGCUACCUAGACUCCUUCUCUCUAAAUGUGGAAGAACCACAGGGAGUGCUUGAUGAUACUGCAGCCAACAACAUUCAGUUCAAUUGUCGAAAUGGGGAGAUGUUCGACUUGCUGAAGGGCGAGUCAGAAGAGUGGGGUCAUUAUGGGCCCUGGAGCUUGUCUUGCAAACCUGGUGCAAUUUGUGGGAUCCAAACAAAAGUGGAUCCUGGCAAAAGUAGAGUCUUUAGUGAUGACACUGGACUUAAUGAUGUUAAGUUCUACUGCUGUGAUUUAAAUGAUUCCAAUGUGUCUUAG